AUGAGCUCAAGUCGAUAUUCAUCGAAAGCACAUCAGAGAGAAGGUAGGAUAUCCCUCUUCGCGACGACAUCUGAUGCUUCCACUAAUCAGCAAACUGAUAGUCCUGGUAUGAGCAGAAUAGGUUCACCUGAUUUUGGAUCAACGGAGUCUUUAGAGAGAGCAUCUUCACCAUAUGAAAGCAACCCUCAUAUAGAUUACAAUGCUGCAAUGGCAUCACAGCUAGAAUCGCAGAAUGAAGAAACGCUGAAUACCAUGCACAUGAAAAUUAGUGCUUUAAAGGAUCUUACGACCAAGAUGGGUGAUCAAAUCAAUUUGUCGCAACAUAAUUUAGGCUCGCUUGGGUCAAAUAUGGAAUCUGCAGGGCGUAGAAUUCGGGGAAACAUGAAAAGAAUGUUUGUGAUGGCAGAAAGGUCCGGCAUCAACUGGAAGAUAUGGCUUAUGUUUUUCUGUGUUGUGUUCACCUUCUUCUUUGUAGUGUGGCUUUUCUAA